UAUUUGAAAAAGUUUCAGGAUCAGGAUUGCAUGUUUCACGUGGAAAUGGAAGUCGAUUGGUAUAUGAUAGAACAAAAAUUAUAUGCUAUCAACGUGAAUCACGAUAUCAUCUCUCACAUAUUCUUCACAUAAUUACCCUCACAAUCCACCAAUUAAUCCCACAUUUUAAUAUUUAUAAUUUGAAAUUGUGAUUGUGAUAAUCCGUAGGGUGUUCAAUGACCUCGAUGACCCGAAAAAUUCAAUUAACUUGACCCAACCCGCAUGGGUUGGGUUGGGCUAUGAACGAUCAAGUACCCAAUUGCGAUCUUGGGCUUCCUUCGUUUUCAAUUGGGUACUUGAUCGUAUUAUCUUUCCAGAUUAAAUCCUUCGCAACUCCUUCUUCGAUCGAUCUCCAAUGCGUACGGCAAGCAUUGCAAUUAAUGGUACAUAGUUUAAGCAUUCUAAUAGUUUGUUUCACAUUUUGGUUUUUCUGAGCCCAAAUUUUGUUCUUAAUUCAACGUCUGAUGCAUUAGGGCAUUGUCUCAGUUGCGAAGUUGUUUAGCUUCGGAUUGUUUCUGUUGAUAGUUGUGUGAUGCUUUGUUCUACUGAAGUUUGUACUGUCUAUCCAUCUGCGCAAGAUUUUCUACUAUAGAUUGUCAUUUAAGUCUGAUUUAUGAGCGCCAGCGAAGUACUUGUGCGAUUUCUUCGUCUCAUUUUCUUGAUCUUUCCGCCGAUGAGCGAAGUGCGAACGGGGAAUUCAUUCACGAGUGCUUUUGGUUGCCAUCUUUGCGGCAGAUAAGUUGAUAUGAAUAUUUGAAUAUGAGCGAUGGAGGUGAAGACUUCCCACGGGCGCUUGCUAGGAUUGCUGUAUCCCAAAUAUGUGAGAGUGAGGGGUUUCAAACUUUUCAACAGUCUGCCCUCGAAACACUGGCGGACGUUGCAGUUCGGUAUGUUCAUAACAUGGGAAGGGCCGCAAACUUCUGUGCUAACUUCGCCGGCAGAACAGAGUGUAAUGUAUUGGAUGUAAUGAAAGCACAGGAAGAUUUGGGGUCUGUCCAAGGCUUUGCAGGUGCUUCGGAUAUUGAAUAUUGUCUCGCGAGUUCCGGCACUGCUAAAGAGAUUUCUCGGUAUGUAGCUCGAGCUGAAGAAAUCCCAUUUGCCUACUCUGUUCCCAAAUUUCCAUUUGUCAAGGAGCGAAAGUUGAGGCCUACUUUUUGGCAAAUUGGGGAAGAACCUCCUGGAGAACAUAUACCUUCUUGGUUGCCUGCAAUCCCUGAUCCUGAAGCAGACAUUGAGCCCUCCACUGUGAAGGAGGAAGUAGUGGAGCCUCAAACGAUUAAAACUGAGCUAGAAAAACCAUGUAGAAGUGCAGAACAAUCCAUCUGGAAUCUGCAGAGGUGGUUGUUUUGCCAUGGAUUGGAAGGAUCCCAAAGAGAAGGCCCUAGAAAUGCAGCUAUGAUCAAACAAACACAAGAAAGUAACCCAUUUUUUGCUCCCCCACUGCCAUUUGGGGAAAAGGAAAUUUCUUCUUUCGUUCUUCCAGAUAGUAUAUUGAACAAUUCAAGUACAGAAUAUCCUGUUCCUAUCAUGGAGAACUGUCUUGUGGAUACACAUGUCUCAGUGCUGGAGACUUUUGCUCCUGCUAUUGAAUCAAUAAAGAACAAUUUGUACGAUUCUGAUGAAAAGUUCUCUCUGAACAGACGAUCCACUAUGCAGUUUAAGAUUGGAACUGGAAAGAAGCCUGUCGGUAGCAGGAUAGAAUUGAAGGUUCCAAACAAUGGUGUGAAGACAUCUUCGUCCUGGUUUGUAGCAGAAGAUGAGAUGUAUGACAAGAAAAGGAAGGUCGAGAAGAUUCUUUAGGACUUGAUGGAGAACUCCAAGGGGCUAUCUCAGUUGUAACUAGGUUGCUCGAUUGAAAUUUGUACACGGAUUUAGGAGACUGGAUGCAGUUUCUCCUGGUUGUGAAAAUCACUAACAUUGUAUUGUCUGGUAUUAGCUUAUAGAAUGAAAGAUUCAAUUUUGUGGAAGGAGAGAUUCCAGUUUACCUAAAUUUUUGAGGUAUGCUUAUGUUUUAUAUGAACUACUUCGCUUUUUUCUCUAAUAAAUUUGGCAUUUGGAAA